AGAGAGAGAGAGAGAGAGAGAGGAGUGUUUGUGCAUUUCUAUACUUGUGGGGGAUAUAUUCUCACCUCCGACUAUUGAUAAUCUUAACUUCUACUAUAUUUUAGUGAUUUUCAUACGUUUAGAUCACUUUCUUUCUUUUAUAAUGUUAAAAAGAUGAAAAAUUUCAUGAUUUUCUACAAUGGUUGUAAGUUGUGAUUGGAGUUACUUUCACAUAGUCUAAUUAUGUGGCUCAUUGGUUAAUAUAACUACAAAAGAGAAACCAAUUGGUGAUUUAAUGUAAUAGGAAAGUGUGAUCAUAGGGUGAACACCAUAUAGUAGAAUCUCAUCCUAUCUAAACAAUAAUUGUGAAAAGAAUUAUAAAAAUUGUGUGUUUCCAAUCUCUAAUCUUAUCAAUCUUAAAGUUAAAACGACCUUAUUCUCAAAAAAGAAAAAGAAAAAAAAGGGUUAAAACCACCUUUUUCAACGACAUUAAGCAAACUAAGCACUUAAAAACAAGACUAAGCUAGGAGCGUGGCAAUGGGUUCGACAGGUGGGGGUGGGACACUAAAGAAGGAAAAUCAUACACACAACAAAACAAUAAUCACAGUUACAAAGUGACAACUCCAAUCUCAAUUCUCAACCCAUCCUAGUCCUCAUUGUCCACUCUCCAAACCGUGUCCCCAUGGCGUACAUGUGAGUUGGGCCCCACAAUUUAAUCAAACAAAAACCGAGCAGUGUGACUUAACAGUUAACAGUCUUACUACUAAAAACGACACAAACGCGUCACACACUCGCUCUUGUUAAAGUGCUUCAACAGUUCCAAAACGCUCUUUUUCGAGAGCGACAACACACGCACCUCUCAUAUAAACCCGUUCUCAACAAUCACUAUGUGAACGCGUGGGUUUUCCGUAACACUCUUAGCCCCCUCAGUUGCAUCUCUUAUCCUUAAAUAGGAGAGGCCUUGAGGGAUUUGGCAAUUGGUUGUUUACGCUUUACAAUUAUAUAAGCCUCUCUCUUCUCUCAAAGCAAAUUCCAAUUUCAGAUUUUAGAGAGAAAUUGUUUUUUGCUACUCUUCUUCGUUAAUCGUUGUGUGGGUGAAAAUGGGUCUUCUCCUUUCAAAAAAUCCUUCAAAAAUUGUCUUGCUUUCUUAUUUUUUGAACCCUAUGGUGCCUAAGAAAGUAAACAACAAUCACUAUGUGAAGAAAGUAAACAACAACAUAGUCUCCCUCGUUGCCCGUACAGGAAGGCAUUUGCAGAGAUAUGACACCGUUGGGACGAAGAAAGUAAACAACGACAUAGUCUCCCCCGUUGCCCGUACAGGAAGGCAUUUGCAGAGAUAUAACACCGUUGGGACCGUUGGGUAUCGCCAAGUUGUUGGAUGCAUUCCUUACAGAUACAGAAAAACCAAUAAAUCUGUGGAAUUAGAAGUUCUUGUGAUUAGUUCACAGAAGGGUAAAGGAAUGUUAUUCCCAAAGGGAGGAUGGGAAAUGGAUGAGGAUAAGAAAGCUGCUGCCCUAAGAGAGACUUUCGAGGAAGCCGGCGUUCGGGGAGUAGUCGAAGACGAAUUGGGUAUGUGGAUUUACAAGAGCAAAAGAUGUGACACAAUGCAUCAUGCUUACAUGUUCCCUUUGCUUUUCAACGAGCAGUUAGACCAAUGGCCAGAGCAAAAUAUCAGGCAACGAAAAUGGAUGACGGCGACCGAAGCUAGAGAAGUAUGUCAACAAGGGUGGAUGAAGGAAGCUUUAGAUAAGUUAAUUAGUCGACCAAUGACAAAUUCUAAUUAACAACUCGUACAUAGAAAACAUUGCCUUGUUUCUUAACUAAGAAUUUUGAUGGGGCAACAGAUAACCCAGCAUCAUCAAAACUCCAAAAUUUAACAAGAUAGAGUUUGAAGAAAAGUUGUAUUGCUGCUGCCCUUAUAAAUUCUUAGUACCCUUUUUAUUUUUUUUGAGUUACUUUUCGAAUGAGACAAGACUGAAACUUACAGGAUGUAGUUGGAAGGUUUAGAAACAGAGAUCUUGAUAUGUACAAAUUUUGACCCAUUCUUUCAAUUCAAUCAACUUCGAUUCUUUUAUUAUUGUGAUUA